AUGGACACCUCCCUCAAAGGACCCGGCGAAGCCCAAAAACACGACGGCAGCGCCCUCCGCAUCGGAAUCGUCCACGCGCGCUGGAAUACCUCCAUAAUCGAGCCGCUGCUCGCCGGUACCAAAAAGACGCUCUUGGCCAGCGGCGUCAAGGAAGCGAAUAUCGUCGUGCAAUCCGUGCCCGGGAGUUGGGAAUUACCCAUUGCGUGUUCCAAACUCUACUCAGCCUCUCAAAUCCAAUCCACGCAAAGCUCCUCCCUCUCCGCCGGCGACCUCCUCGGCUCUUCCACCACCGAUCUCACCUCCCUCCCCACGCAAUCGCAAACCGCCGCCUCCACCGCCCCCUUCGAUGCCAUCAUCGCCAUCGGCUGCCUCAUCAAAGGCGAAACCAUGCAUUUUGAAUACAUAGCCGAGAGCGUCUCGCAAGGUCUCAUGCGCAUCCAAUUAGACGCAGGUGUUCCGCUUAUCUUUGGACUCUUGACCGUUCUCACGGAGGAUCAAGCGCUCAUGAGAGCCGGUGUGGGUACAACCGAGAAGGGGAAGGGUCAUAAUCACGGAGAGGAUUGGGCUGCCGCCGCUGUGGAAUUGGGGGUUAAGAAGAGGGAGUGGGCUGCCGGAAAAAUUGCAUGA